UAUUUAGAACUGCAAUUACAAUUGCACUCUGCAGUCUGUUGAACAUCUUCUUUACUUUGAUUAUUUAGUAGGAACAACUUCAGAGAAUGUCAGCCAUCUCGCGAGCGUGCAGAUCCGCUCCCCGCGUCUUACUUCGCCAAUGCGCAUCGCGGUUCGCAACCGUUUCAGCGCCGGUGUCUGCGUCGCUGCCGGUGUCGAGGCUGUCGCGCAGAACAUACGCGACCGCGCUUGAUACUGCGAAUUUGUUGAAAAAGUCGGGGUCGCAGGGCGCGUAUAAAGCCAUUCCGAAAAGGUUUUGGGAGAGUGCGAAUGUGCAGACUACGGAAGACGGACACCAGAUCAACCUCGGCACACGACCGGUCAAAACCUCGUCCGGCAACCCACUCGUGGUACCGCACAACAAGACCGCGCUCGCGCACCUGAUUGUGCAGGAAUGGGCCACGCUGCCGAAUCUGCAAAUCAAGCCCCACUCGCUUCCGCUGACGUCGAUCGCCGCGCGCGCGAUCGAUAUCCAAAAGAUGCCGACGCAGGCGGAGGUCGACGACGUGCGGAACGCGAUCUGUAAGGCGCUGCUGCCGUACGUGGAUACGGAUACCAUGCUCAUCUUUGCGCCGUCGCAUGAGUACGACGGGCGGUUGCGCGCAGAGCAGGAGGAGAGGUAUCGCCCGAUCAUCGAGUGGGCCGAGACACACCUCUUCAACGGCAAUAAACUGAGCUACAUGGACGGCGACAAGGGAUUAACCGGCAACCCACAAACCGAAGAAAUCCGCAACCUCGCGCUGGAAUACAUGCUCGGUCUCUCGCACUGGGAGCUGACUGCCUUUGAGCGCGCCGUGCUGGGCGGCAAGUCUUUCCUCGGGGGUAUCAAGCUUGUGAGGAAAGAGCUGACGACGAGCGAACUGGCCGAGCUCGUCAGCUUGGAGAAUAUCCACCAGAUGCGGAGGUGGGGCGAGGUCGAGGAUUCGCAUGAUGUCGAUUGGGCGGAUUUGCGACGACAGCUCGGUAGCGCUGCUGUUCUCCUCAUUACUGAUUAGGUUGAACACACAGGUUUUGUACAUAUAUAGAGGUAGUUGGAACUCGAGAUAAAG